CAGACCCCGUCAGCUGGGAGCAUUCAGUGUGCCAGUCAGCUGAGACUUCUCCACAUGGGGCGUGGGGGCUUGAAAGCUUUCUUCCUGAUGAGCCUCCUUAAUCACCAUCCUCCUGAGCAAGGAAGGGAGGAAGUUGCUCCGGAACAGAGAACUGCUGAGCUGAGCUCGACAAGGAAGGGAGGUAACUGAAAGCAAGAGAGAGGCCUCAAAAUAACUCUCCCUUCCUUAUCCUUGCUCCAUUCUGGGACAGAGCAUGAUCCAUCCGGUCCUGCUUCCUGCCUCUCCCAGGGAAUUAUGCCCAAAGCUGGAAGGAUGCUGCUGUGAUGGGAGCAAGCACACUGAGGGCCAGUGGAAAGAGAAGAUGGACACCUUCAGCACCAAGAACUUGGUUCUGCAGGCUCAGAAAAAGCUCCUGAGCAAGAUGGCCUCCAAGACUAUGGCGAACAUCUUCAUCGAUGACACCAGCAGCGAGGUUCUGGAUGAGCUGUACCGGGUCACCAAGGAGUUCACCCACAACCGCAAGGAGGCCCAGAAGAUCAUCAAGAACCUGAUCAAGAUCGUCAUGAAGCUGGGGGUGCUGUACCGCAAUCGGCAGUUCAGCGCCGACGAGCUGCGGCUGAUGGAGCACUUCCGCAAGAAAGUGCACACGCUGGCCAUGACCGCCGUCAGCUUCUACCAGAUAGACUUCACCUUCGACCGCCGGGUCAUGUCCGGCGUGCUGAACGAGUGCCGCGACCUGCUCCACCAGGCCGUCAACACCCACCUGACGGCCAAGUCCCACUCCAGGAUCAAUCACGUCUUCAACCACUUUGCGGACUACGAGUUCCUGUCGGCGCUGUACGGACCUUCCGAACCCUACCGCACCCACCUGCAGAGGAUCUGUGAAGGGGUCAACAAAAUGCUGGAUGAGGACAACAUAUGAACCAGCAAAGACAAGGCCUGAGAGCAACUGUUUGGCUCUUUGCCUGGCUCUCUUCCACCUGGACUCUCCAGGCUGCAUUCUGGUGUCCGUGAAUUCAACGGCAAGACGUCUGUUGUUUUCAGUGGGGUCAGGCCUUCUCACGCACUCUUUCUCCACAGUGCUAAACGUCUUGCUCUUUCCUUUUUUUUUCUCAUGAAGACCAAGGACUCUUCACUGUCUGUCUAAAUGAGGUUACAAUCUGCUACUUGUCUUGGUAGCCGGAAUCUCUUCACCUCACUUUAGCUCCCUAAUGAAAUUAAAAUGAGACAAAGCAGCUUCCGUCUCUACCCCACUGGGGCACAACCACACCAAAGGCGGGGUUGUUUGUCUGAGUGAGACUGGAGCAAAUGCUCUUCUUUGCACUGGCUUGAUAUCCGCUUUGGAACCCAGCCCAGUGUCUCUAACCCAUCAGAGGCCAAGCCCCACAGUACAGGAGCUCUCUGGGUAAAGGACCUUGGUCUCACUGUAUAUAUGUUUAUCCACCAAGUGCUCUUAAAUUCAGAGUCCAAGGAGUCCUGCUGUAGCAGAAUCUCUCUCACUUCUAAAUCUAUUUUAAUUCUGGUGAGGGAGGGGAACCCACUUUGUCUUGUGUGUAACUUUUUUUUUUUUUUUUUUUUUUUUCUUAGUUAAGAUUAAUUCAAGCAGAGAGCAUGGAGGAGUGGUUCAGAUGCCCCUGCCACUGCCAAGAUGUAAGGCUGUCUAUCCUGGAGUUCAAACCAUGCUGGCUGGGUUUCCCUGGCCAGCAUAGAAAAGGAUGAGCCAUAUUCUAAAAUGCUUUACAAACCCAUGCUAUGGUUUAGCACCCCUCAGCCGGGGAAAGUGUAUUAGCACCUUGCAAGCAAGAAUUGGGUUGUGGUGUUUACCUCACUAUUGUCUCCUGGGGGGGCAAGUUAUGGAUAGUGGGAGGAUUUCACAUAGGGAUGGACCCUGCUUGGAUGGAUCACCCCACAAGUCGAACCCUGCACGGAUACAAAAUUGGUAUCCGCAUCCACAAAUAUGGUCUGCGGAUAUCUGCAGGUUUGCAGGGCCCUACCCACAGGGUCCCAGGAUGGGGAGGGACCCUUGAAGGGGGGAGAGGCUGCAGCGAGGGUGGUCAGGUUGAGACACUGUUGUUGUGGUUCAAAGCUUAACACAGGUCAGGCCUAAACUAGGGGGUGCAGCAAGAAGUGGCCAUGCUCCAGGUACCACUUGCCCCCCUGACUGUUGCCCAGUGAAUACUUUGGGCUAGUUACAGAGGCAGCCUCUUCCUUCGAACUGAGAAUGGUGGAGCAUUAUUUUCUGUCCAUGUUCCUUUCCUAGAGGGGAAAAGAGGAGUCUGUAUUUUCAAACCAAAUAGCAAAUGUGUACUUUCCUCCUUCUCCUCUGAAAUCCAAACUGAAUUUCUCUGUCGUCAGCCCCUCCGGCUGAUUAUAUCAAUGUAACUGUUUAGAUUUGGUCCUCGGAGGCUUUCCCUAGUAUGUCGUAGGUUGGAGACAUCUUAGAUUCCAAUAAAUUAAAAAAAAAACAAAAAAAAAACCCCAACCACGUAGCCCUGGUGAGUUACUGAAAUAAAGUUGUCUCUUCCACCGGAGUGCAGUACAGGGUUUGGCUACAAAUGCUGUAAGUAAGCAGGGUGCAUGGCUGGCAGGUGCUCGCAGAGCUUUUGCUUUUUAAACAGAAGUACUAGCCUAAGGCCUUUUCCUUUUCUGCACCAGGGUUCUGCCUAGGAAAGCAGAGGUGCAGAACUGUGUACCUCUCGGUGCAGCAGCAAAGGCUGAGGGGCCCUGGGGCAUCCAGGGAUCCUACCCACGUUCAUGUGAGUGGAGGGCAUUUAACCCCAUGCAGGGCUGGGCCGCUGGGGAGCAGGAGCUCAGAUUAGGCACUUUGUGUGUCACCUCGGACAGCCCCCGCUCUUUAGAAUGUGUGUGACUCUGAACCACAGCCCUGCUUACUAAUCCCAACCUUUUACCUAGCGUCUUUCAUCUGUGGCUCUCAAAGUGCUUUACAAAGGACAUCAGUAGCAUUGUCUCUAUUUAUGGAUAGGGAAACGGAGGCACACAACUGGGAGGUGAAUUGCCCAAGGUCCCCAAGAGAACUGAGAAUAGAACCCAGCUCUCCGGAGCCCCAGGCAAGUGCUCUGUUCACUGAGCCACACGGCCUCCAGUUCAGGACUAUGGUGCUCCAGCCCUUAACCAUCCACUUUCAUCCACAGAGCAGGUACAAGGUGGGCAGCGGCUGGGCAAGCUUCCCUCUUCCCCUCCCCCAGCCCUGAUGGGGAGGGGCUGUUUCUAGAGGGCAAGAAGGUAGUUAGGUCAUCACCCCCUGCUAACUUGAUGCCAGGAGGGGUCAAUUGUGGUGGUCACCUAUUCACUGGGAAUUAGCCCCCAGACCAGUGGAGACCAGCUGCAGCACUGUCAAUUAGGUGAUUCCAUAAUCCCAUUGGCCAGCCCUUCAAGUCAUCCAGCCACCCUUCUUUUAAAUAAAGUUUGACAGCUUUACUGUACUGCCACCAUUCAACCAGGGGCCCGACUUCCAAUGCGAACGAGAACACGUGAGCCGAGGGGCUGCGGGGCGGUUGUUCCCCUUUGGCACGCAAACCCGAGCGCUGAGUUCUGCAGCAGCGUUACCACAGUUCUGUUGCCACGCUAUGGGGCAGCCCCAGAUAAAUCCUCUGUUUGGCUUCUCGCUCUUUUAAGAACGAACUAAAGGCAGGGGGUGAAAGCACCUUUCUCGCCAAGAGCACGGUCUGAACCGGAUGCCGCCAUCCAGGGCCUGUCUUCAGCACUCUGAUCUCUGCAUUGUGCUUUGAAAAUGGUCCUUUAAGCAGAGCAGCUGCUUCACAAAGGCAGCCUUGCCUUAUCUCAGUGACCUCCUGUUCCAAAGGAUGUCUGCAGGCGCAGCAGCUCUGGCCUUCAGAAGCUUGCUCAUGCUAACCCGGUAGAUUUAGAGCAGUGAGCAGCUGGGCCCCUCUCAUACACAGCUCCUUUUCUGCUGCUGGGUCGAGGCACUGAUAAAUUUCAGGCUUUUAAAAUUGCAAAGCCCCAGCCUCCUGUGUUUAAUUUGGCUUAUUCCGAACUAUUGCAGCUAAUGUAAUUGUGCAAAGCAGCUGGGGAUGCAGGGGAACGGAGUGGCUACAGGUGCAUGAAUAUAAGAGCCCAGGGGCAUGCUGUGUACAGCAGCUCUUCACCUCUGGGGCUCUCAGUUAUAAAAGUUUGCAAGCGGAGGUUUAAUCCCUAUUACUUUACCAUCCUGCGCCUGUCAGUCUGUGCUGAUGAGAGGCCCAGGCCUGGAACAGCCUGUCAAUAGGCAGCUAGCAUAUUGGCAGAUGUGCAGAGAGAAACCGAAGCGGAACCGGUCUGAUUGAUGCGGCAGCAAAGGGCUGGAGCGCUGACAGGAAAAUGCUUUACUGCUCUGUUCUCAGCAUCAUUUAUGUGGAACGUCUCUGUGGUGAAAAGUUCUCUGGACUCAGCAAGAGUCCUCAGUCAUGAGUCACUGAUAUGACCGUGCAUGAUGUGGCAUACCUCCAAACUCACCAGGAACAUGUCUAUAUAGCAACUAUACAAGGAGGAUCCCUCAGACAUGGGCCUUGCCUGGAACUUCCAUUUUUUCCCCAAUUGACACCCCCCCCCACCAAUCUCCCCCUCUCUGUCUUUGAGAGCUAUGAGUUCUCAGCAUCUCUGGAAAUCAGGUAGGCUUCUAAAAACCUCAGUACAAGGGAGCAACCGACUUCCGAAGAACACGUGGACUCUACAGAAUGUCCCUAACUACUGUCCAACAGACAAGUGACCCAGCAACAGCUACUGGGAGAAUGGGACAAACUCACAGAGCUAGUGUUGUCUUUGCACCAUGGCUGGGGCCUACAAUAGAUGAUGAAAUGUCUGAUACAGCUUCUCACAGGCGGAUGGAUUCAAUGUUGCAAUUGACCCUUUGCAUUCUAGGUUUCUCAGGCAUAGAUCGUGGGUUAUCUCCCUGACCUUCAGUGGCCUUUGUCUUGUGACAUGUCAACCUCCCAACCAAGGAGACCCAGUAUGAGGAUUUGCAGGUGUCUCCUGACUGGAUGUCAAACUGACGAGCAAAGGCUAUUCCACACUCUGGGCUUCCAAUCACAGAGACAGUAAGAAGCUGGAACAGCAAGAGCAACCAACCUAAGUGAACCUGGAGACAUGAUGCUUUACUUUAUUUUAUUUUUUAUAUACCUAUGAAGGGAAUUCUGGAUUCCUUCACAGUUAUUAGUCUAAAUAAGAAAAUCACUUCAGUAUAUACGAAAAUAGUCCCAGAAUUGUAUUGAAUAAUGGAUGCCCCAUUAGAUGGAUUUCUGUGUUGUAUCGGAAUAAACAAGGCCUGUGUGAACCUCACAGCUCUGCUUUUCUUAUGCCAAGGUACCAAAUUCUGAUCUGCGCAACAGGGCAGAGUUUCCUCCUCAGCUCACCAAAUGCUGUUCUUUGGUGAUCACCCGCCAGAUAGUAAAGUGAAUGGGUUUGGCCAGUUCUGUACCCCCCCCAUAUUACCCAUUUAAUCUGUUCUUCCUGUCACGCUUCUGGGCAGAAAUCUUAUUCCCUCUCCAGAGACUAGAGAGUUAACUACUUUCCUUUAGCAAACCCUGCUCCUUAUCUUUCUGCAUUGCUCUGCUUAGCAAGGAAGAUAAGGAGACACAGCUAGAGGAGAGCUUUACCCUAUUCAGCUGAUCACUGAAGCAGAAAGCAGGCAACUGAAUGGCUGGCUACAGAUCAAGAAUCUCUGAGGAAGUCUCCAGCUGCAAAGGCUUCUAGCACCUCAGGCACAUGGUUACUCUGACACAAGACAGGGUGUCUGACUUAACACCUCCAAGUCUAGUUCAGAGCGGACCCCGAUAUACUUCUAUGUGGGAAACAGGAAAGAACACCCUAGACAACCAGCAAUUAAGAACAAGUCCCCUUUAUCCAUCAAGCUUCUCCAGCUGAGAGACAAGCCCCUUCCCUAGGUCCCCGGAUCACAACUCAUCAUGGGGCGUUUUCGCUACAAUCACUAGUUUGGACAGUUCGGAACGGAACUUGCCUUCUUUGUGAGCCACUGGAAUGAGAGAAAACACACAACAGGGAGUAAAUGGACGAUGAAGCAUUAACUAUUAGAACCCCCGCUUCCUUCCAAGAGAUCGAGGGGGCAAAUCAAAAACUGAACUGCACUGAUCACCUUCUACAAUGUGGAGUGCAUUUGCAGCGUUUCUGAAAUGCAGCCACCAUGGGCGCAUGUGGCCACCAGGGACUUUUCUUGCAGCCACAGCCUCCUGGACUGUUAUUGGAGGGUAGGGAAGUAGAGACCCCUCCCUGUUGCUCCAAGAUGCACCACCUUGGUGUUGGUUGCUGGGGCUGCCAGCAGGGGUUAGGCCCUGCUCCCCCUGUGGAGACAUCUGGGGCAUAAUGCUGGAGGACCAGCCACCUGGUGAGUUCCCCACCUUCUCAGGGGUGAUGGGGUUCAGACUUUAAGCUUCAGCUCUGGGGUGGCAGGACAGAGAGGCAGCAGGCUCUGGCCACAGGGCUUCGGGCUCCCCCCGCUGCCUCCCCCGACCCUUCCAUCCAGGGCUUAAAUAAGUCUGCUGUGAAAAGCGAUACUUGUAUGCUUGUUAAUACCACUUUUCAUAACAGACUUACUAGCUAGCAAUAAAUAAAUUACAAUGAUUUGGACGUGGCUAUGGGCAUAUU